AUGGCAACAGUAGCUGCUCAGAAAAGACUUACAAAAGAGUAUAAGAAUCUUAAAGCUGAACCAAUAGAUUUAGUGUUUGCCAAACCAUCAGAAUCAAAUAUUUUACAAUGGCAUUAUAUCAUUACAGGUCCACCAGAUACUCCAUUUCAAGGUGGUGAAUAUUAUGGGUUAUUAACUUUCCCACCUCAAUAUCCUUUUAAACCACCAGCAAUUAAAAUGAUUACACCAAAUGGAAGAUUUCAACCAAAUACAAGAUUAUGUUUAAGUAUAAGUGAUUAUCAUCCAGAAACUUGGAAUCCAGCUUGGUCUGUAGGGACAAUUUUAACAGGUUUAACAAGUUUUAUGACAUCUCAAGAAGUUGCAAGUGGUUGUGUUAAAACUUCAGAGUCUGCUAAAAUUACAUAUUCUAAGAAUAGUGCAAAAUUUAAUAGGUCAAAUGAGAACUUUUUGAGGGAAUUUAAAGAAUAUUUUGCUGAGAAAGAGGAACGUGAAGAUUAUGAAGAAAGGAUUAGAGAAAGAGAAUUGAAAGCUAAAAAGGACAGAGAAGAAGCUGAAAAGAGAGCACUUGCAAACGGGAUAGCUACGAAUGGAACAAAUACUCAUUUGAAAAGAAACUUAUCAACAACAUCAAAUGUUUCAGAAACAUCAAAAAGGGCAAUGACUAUAGAUUUAGAUACAAAAGUUGAUUCACCUGAUAGUUUUAAUUUUAAUGAAGUUGAUGAAGUUGAUGAAUUAGAUGAUAAUGAUUUCUUAUCGGAUGAAGAUGGUGUUGUGGUUCUGGAUGAAAGUGAUCAAGAAGAUGAACUGGAUGGUGAACCUGAUGUUGUUGUUGUGGAAAAGGGUACUCAAAAGAAGAAAUCCAAAUCUAAUCCAACAGAUCCUAUUGUCAUUGAUUAA